GCAAAAGCAAGGUCUUGUAAUGCGAAGAUUUCCGCGUCCGCUUCACACGCACUCCCCUCUGCGCGGCGACAGCUGCGCCCGAUCGUCUCUCUGAGAAACGGGCGACGCUGGUUAGGGGGUGAGUCGGGUCGACUUUCACGAGGAACGCGUCGAGAGGCACUAGGGUUAUCGUUCGUCGAGCAGUGAGGUGCGGAUUAGUCGCGUGCGCGAGGCUAAGUGCUCCGGAGGUGUGUCGUGUGUCUCAACCUGUGCUCCGCGUUGCGUUGUGAAAGUUCUCUCUGAGAAUAAGUGAAAUCUUGUUCUCUAGUGUUUCUGAAUUUCAAUUAUCAAGCAGCAAAGCUAGAAGAAAUUUGGAACCGCUCAAGCUCUAGCCAGCAAGCAGGUGUCUCGGCGUGCCGCCGCCCCUCCGAUGGCCGUGGUUGGCACACGCAGCUCCCGGCAGUGCAUGAUGGCGUUCCACGCAGUGAACGGGCCCCACAACGCCAUCCUGGCCGCCGCGCAGCCCACCUUCUCGUCAGUGGUGCCCACGGACGCGCAGCCCGACAGGCCCAUCGGCUACGGCGCGUUCGGUGUCGUCUGGGCCGUCACAGACCCACGAGACGGCAAACGAGUGGCGCUGAAGAAAAUGCCUAACGUCUUCCAGACCCUGGUUUCUGCCAAGCGCGUCUUCAGAGAGCUCAAGAUGCUCUGCUUCUUCAAACACGACAACGUUCUCUCGGCGUUGGACAUCCUGCAGCCUCCACACGUGGACUUCUUCCAGGAAAUAUACGUUGUGACGGAGCUGAUGCAGAGCGAUCUCCACAAGAUCAUCGUGUCGCCACAGCACCUGUCGGCAGACCACGUCAAAGUCUUCCUCUACCAAAUCCUCCGAGGCCUCAAGUACCUGCACUCGGCUAAGAUCCUGCACAGAGAUAUCAAGCCCGGCAACCUAUUGGUCAACUCAAACUGUGUCCUAAAGAUCUGCGACUUCGGCCUGGCCCGUGUGGAGGAACCGAACCGGCGCCGCCACAUGACCCAGGAGGUGGUCACGCAGUACUACCGCGCCCCGGAGAUCCUCAUGGGCGCCACACACUACGACGCCGCCGUCGACAUGUGGUCGGUCGGCUGCAUAUUCGCAGAGCUGCUCGGAAGGAGAAUCCUCUUCCAGGCGUCUACACCGAUCCAGCAGCUGGAGCUGAUCACCGACCUACUGGGCUCACCUAGUGCCGAGGAUAUGUCCACCGUGUGCCAGGGAGCGCGCCAGCACAUGAUGCGCCGCCCCUACAAGCCGGCCGCGCUUCAUGUGCUCUACAGUCUCUCCAGUCAGACGAGUCCCGAUGCCGUCCACCUCCUGGCUCAGAUGCUCGCCUUCAGUCCAGCGAAGCGUCUGCGCGUGACGGACGCGCUGAGCCACCCGUACCUGGACGAGGGCCGGCUGCGCUACCACGCCUGUAUGUGCCGCUGCUGCUGGUCGGCCGGCGGCCAGCCCCGUCAGUACACACAGGAUUACGAGCCGAGCGCGCACCAGGCGUUCGACGAUACCUGGGAGCGCGAGCUGACGUCGGUCGUCCAGGUUAAAGACCGGAUGCGGAAGUUCAUCGUGAACCACAUGAGUCCCGAGAAGGUGCCGCUGUGUAUCAACCCGCAGUCGGCGGCGUACAGGAGCUUCGCCAGCUCGACCGUAGCGCAUCCCAGUGAGCUGCCGCCCUCGCCUCACCAAUGGGAGGCGUGACGCCAGCGCUGACUAGGGCGCGCUCCGGCGAGCGGGCAUUCUCAGCUAUCGACUGCCGACUCGUCCGCUGCCGCUGGCCGCGCCCGCUGACGGCACUCCGCGGCGGCGGCGGCGCGCGCGCGGCCGGCACGCGACUUGAUCUCACAUGCCACACAGCCGGGCCGCGUCGCGCGCACGAUCUCUGCGCGACUGGACGCGAUGUCUCUGCGCGACUGGACGCGUCAUGGAGGACACAAUAGACCGCGAGGGACACAGAGUGGGAGUGCGAGGGACGGAGGGAGAGAGUUGGUGUGGGAGGGAGGGAGAGCGAGCGCCGCCCAUUUCUCCGAGACCGGGACCAGAGUGGCGCCCGCCGGUGGCCGGCCGUCGGGCGCGGGUGUCAGUGGUUUGUGUGUGGUGAAUGUGUGCCUGGAGCGUGCGCGUGUGUAGGCGGCUGUGCGCGAGCGAUCGGCGCUCGGCGUGUGUGACUGGCGUGUGUCUGUCUUUCACUGGUGUAGCAGCUCCCUGCGGCGCGGUGGUCUCUCUCAUAUCAGUCGGUAUCUAGUCGGGCCGACGGCGGUGGCGGCGGCAGCGACCGGACGCCUUACCUCAGCGCCCGUCUGCUCUGUUCGCGGGCGGGCCGGCGCUCCUCAUCUGUACAUAGAUCGACGGCGCGGCGGCGCCGGUCGGCCGGCCGGCCAGACGCGGCCGCCGACCUGCCUCCGCCGCCGCCGCCGCCGCUGCUGUCUCCUCCGCUGUGCUCUGUAGUGCAUCUUUGUCCUAUGUCUCGUGUUUGUACUAUUUUAGUGCGAGCCCCAGCCGCUCGGGUGGCGCCGGUUUUAGCUGAUUGGGAGGCUCGCUCGCGUGCUCUCGGCGGUAUGUACUGGACGUGUCGUAUGGUCGGCUCCGGGUCGGUCGCCCUGCCGCGCGGCGACCAGGCUCCCGGCCGUCCCAACCGCCUCUUCCUCGUCCGACCCAAGUGCGACUUUCACAAUGUCUGUGAUGUAAUUUACAAUCAAAUGCUGCACAUUGUGUGUAUACCGCUUUUAGGUGCGCUGGACGGAGGCGAUUCUCCCGCGGUGACUGCGAAUGAAAUGCUCAAAAAUGACAGGCGGUUUUAAAGGCAGACGGGGCGCACUUGGCACGCGACUGAUGGCGCGGCGGGCGUUAUUUCACUUAGAAGACCACUAAGUGAUACCAGAAUAUACUGACUAAUUGAAGCACUGUGACCCUCAUCGAAUGUAAAACAUGUAUAUUAAUACACUUUUGUAUCGCCGAAA